AUACUCUGAGAAGUCACACCAAAUGGUGGUGUUUCAAAUAUAAGAACACGCCCAGGAAUGUAGUCAGUCACCAGUAGGUAGCUCGCAAUCGAGGAUGCGAACAUUAUCUAGUGUUUUUACACUGUCCCGAGGAUAUUGUCGACAUUCACAUGGAGUACUCUCUUGGCAGCAGCACAUAAGGUCUGGCUCCAAUGUAAAUGAAAGUUUGUAUCCAGGUCACAUUCCAACCAGCUCUGCUCAGAAAGCCCUUCUGGCUGUGGGUUCAGGAGUGGCUGCCCUGCAGAACCCCUACAGACAUGAUAUGGUUGCAGUGCUUGGGGAGACCACUGGUCACAUGGCCCUGGUCAAUCUUAGGAAUCAGAUGAGAAAUGACCCUGAAGGUUACACAAUUCUGACAGAACGUCCUCGGAUCCGCCUAUCUACACUGGACGUCACUCGGAUGUGUGCUUUGCCUGAUGGGUCAUUAGGAAGAGAGUAUCUUCGUUUCCUGGAAGAAAAUAGAGUUACCCCUGACUCACGGGCUGAUGUGAAGUUUGUGGAUGAUGAGGAGCUUGCGUAUGUCAUGCAGCGAUAUCGUGAAGUCCACGACCUUUUGCAUACCUUGCUUGGGAUGCCAACCAACAUGCUGGGUGAGGUCGCUGUGAAAUGGUUUGAGGCUGCACAGACUGGUCUGCCCAUGUGUGUACUUGGAGCAACACUUGGACCCCUCCGCCUGUCUGUCAGUCGUCUACAAAAGCUGAUUAAGUCUCUUGGGCCAUGGGCCUUGCGCAGUGGCACUCGUGCCCACUGUGUUCUCAGCAUUUUCUAUGAGCGCAGAUGGGAGCAGAACCUACAUGAUCUGAGACGUGAACUGAACAUCGAACCACCACCACUCAAUCUUGCCAUCAGAAAAAAAACAUCAGAGAGCAGUAAACCUAUUAGUUAACUGAUUUAUCUGAUGGAAAUGUUUAACCCACAAGGAACUUCCAUACAUCCUACUAAAAAACAAAGAUCAUCAUGUUUGAAUAUCCUGCUUCCUCCUUAUACAGGAAAUGCUGUCUGAAAAUAAUAAAAAUGAAAAAUAAUAUAAGGCAUAAAUCUAUAUAAAUUUUAACAGAAUUCAAGAGAAAAUGAUUUUUUCAUUUUGUCAAAAAGUAUUAGAGAAUUCAGGGAGAAGAUGUUUGGUUCUUUAUAUAAGCAAAAUAUAAAACUAUAGGCGAAUCUGGGAGCUGAAUCAUCUCUUUGUUUUUAAUACGAAAGGAACUUGAAUAGUUCCCUAUUAUUAUCAACAGAAGUAUUUAUUACUGCUUAUGUAUUGGUGUAACAUAACCUUUAUGCAUCACAAAACUUGUCUGUUCCAAACCUUCACAAAAUUUACAGUGUAAAUGUUAAAAUAUACAUAGUAAUGUUAUGUGUAAUUUAUAAUUGUUUGUAUUAUU